AUGGAGCAACACCAACCCAUUGCCGUUAAGGACUCUUAUACUCGCCCUCCUGGUAUCGAGCCAUCCAACUCACAUCUGUUCCGAGCGCAUCAUGCAAAACCUCCCGAAAUUCCUGUUCGUGUCGGUGCAAGUAAUGUAAAAGCACCGGAAAUACCUCCAAAAAAUCUUAACAAGCGGCCUACCACCAUCGGAGCUUCAAACAAAGAAGAAAAUGUAUUGGUACCAAGCCGUACACCAACAAUUCGAGCUCCCCCUGUGCCACAAAAAUCGCUCAAUAUCCUGCAACCCACAGCUAGUAGCACUAUUGCUCAGAUCGUGCCACAAGGCAUUGCUUCUAGUGCCGGAACGGAAGCUCCUGUGGUACCAGUAGCGACAGUUACUACUUCUACAUCUUCCGGUUCUGCCCGUGGAAGCGAUGUAUUAAACAAAGAACGUCCGUUGAUAAUAAAACCGUCUGCAAAGCCGGCAAAGCUCGAAGAUUACGGCUCCGAAGACGCGCUUCGAGGCAUUGAGAGUGGCUUGCGAAAUGUGGAACGAGCCAUCAAAGAACAGAUGAGCUUGAGAUGUUCUGUGGAAGCAGAAGAUCAACAAAACAUUACGCUUCCAGUAAAAUUUGGAAGACUGGAGCAAAUGAGUAAACAUUCAAGUGCGAUAGGCUCUGCCACAUCGUUAGACAAUCCAUUUGAUGGGCCAGUAUCAGCCUCGAGUAUGGUGCAGGGGUUCAAGUUUGAUAGAUUUGACCAAACCCAAAAACAAAUGAGUAUGGAGCGUGGGUUGAGCAUGGAGAAGUUACGCUACGAUGCCGGCGCUACAGGAGCGUUUCACGAACAUGGUACAAAUGUUAUGGAACAUGGUUUACCCCAAAGGCCGAUAGAACAUCAUCAGUUUCGCUCAUUGGAUCGUCAUCUGCCGCUGGAGCUACAAUACAGCAGCAGUCAACGGCAACGUUCCCAGGAGAUGGAAUUUAUCAAACAGCAACUAUUGCCUGUAAUUGCUCGAAGUAAAGAAACCAACAGCUUGAAUCGCCAGAUGGGGCUUUCCAAAGACGAUCUUCGAACGAGAAGACGCUCGUCACACGAUGAGAGCCUUUUUUCCGUCAACAAUACAGCGCCACGGAUGAAGGAACAAUGGGAAGAUACAUCUCAAUCGGUGAUGCAGCGAAAAACUCAACUUACCGCAAUGCUAGGUGAUUCGCAAAGGUACGAAGCUAAAAGAUUGGAAAUAGACGCAUGGUUAAGUCGAAUGGAAGCCAUAACGGAACGGAUGGGACCAGUAGCGACAACGGCCGAUGUGUUGGACAUUCAGCAGAAAGAACAAAAGUCCUUUCAUGCAGAGCUGCACAAGUUCAAUCAUCAAAUUGAAUUGUUCAACCAACUGACCCAAAAACUAAUUUCAGUUUAUCAAUGUGAUGAUACAUCAAGAAUUAAGAAAAUGACCGAAUCAAUAAAUUUAAGGUACAACAACUUAAAUAACUCCGUAAUAUCGAGAGGAAAACAACUUCACGCAGCAAUACAUUCUUUGCAAACAUUUGAUCGAACAUUUGAACAGUUCCUGGGAUGGCUCAGUGAAGCAGAAUCUUUAUGCGAAAAUACUGAGUCUGAAGCUGAGAGGAAUCCACAUUGCUUAAAGGAUUUGCAAUCAGAAAUCGAAUCAAACCGUAAGGUAUACGAAGGAUUGGACAAUACGGGACGCAAGCUAUUGCGUUCAUUGACUUCGCAAGAGGAUGCUGUAAUGUUGCAACAUAAAUUAGAUGAAAUGAACCAACGUUGGAACCACCUGAAUUCGAGGAGCGCUGCAAUUAGAAAUCGCUUGGAAUCAAAUUCCGAUCAUUGGAAUGCUUUACUGCUCUCCUCACGCGAGCUUACGGAAUGGGUUAUCAGAAAAAACACAGAGCUCACAUCAAUUGGAUUUGGUUCCAUCAAUGGGGAUUCGAACAGUCUGCAAAUGCAACUGGAUGAGCACAAAGCGUUUCGCCGACAACUUGAUGAUAAAAAGUCUAUAAUAGAGAACAAUUUAAUGAACGGCAGACAAUAUAUAUCGAAUGAAUCACCGAUGUCCGAUACCAGCGAUUCUGAAGCCAUUGAUGAAUCUAUGUACAUUUCCACCGAAGAACAAAAUCGUAUUCUUAGCCGUAGCAUACGAAGGGAAGUGAACAAGUUGUCAGAGCAAUGGACAUUACUGAUUGAACGAUGCGAUAAAUGGAAACAUCGAUUAGAUGAAAAUAUAACGAAAAUGCGUCAAUUCCAAAAAGUUCUAGAGGAUCUCAGUUCUCGUGUUGCAUCUGCUGAAACGAUUACACAUUCAUGGUUAACUCCAGUUCCCAGUAUGAAUACUACGGAAGAAGUGCAGCAUUUGCAAAGGUUAAAAGACAAACUUACCACGGCUAAUGCACUGUUAGACGACUGUAAUGAGCAACAAAAUUUUUUCUCUGCCUGUCGUGUUAUUGUGCCGAGUCCAUAUCUGGCUAAGCUAGAGGACAUUAACACUCGAAUGAAGCUGUUGCAUAUUGCUGUGGAGGAACGAUACAAAGUUUUGCAGCAGAGUAAUCAGAUGCUUAUGAGUGGAGAAGACGAAAUGGUGGGAAGCCAUCAUGAAGAGGGUGGAAAAUUUUCAAAACCACUUCAUAUUGCAACUGGAGCAUCAACUGUUCCAAACCUAGAGAAAAGCGUUCAAAUACCUUGGGAACGCGCUGUUACUCCAGCCAAUGUGCCUUAUUAUAUCAAUCACGAACGUGAGAGCACACACUGGGAUCACCCGGAGAUGAUAGAACUUAUGAAAUCACUCGCAGAUUUGAAUGAGGUCAGAUUUUCUGCAUAUCGAACCGCGUUAAAGCUACGCACGGUGCAGAAACGAUUAGUGUUCGAUCGAUUGAACAUGAGUGUCGCAAUAGAAAUAUUCGACCGAUAUGGUUUGCGAGCUCAGAAUGACAAAUUGAUCGACAUUCCUGAUAUGACAACUAUAUUAAAUUCAUUGUAUACAACUCUCGAACCAAAUGAUCGUGCAGUAAUGCUUGAUUUAGCUAUAAACUGGAUUCUCAAUGUUUAUGAUUCACAGCGUACUGGACAGAUUCGAGUGCUAAGUUUCAAGGUUGGACUGAUUUUGCUAUGUCGUGGGCAUUUGGAAGAAAAAUAUCGCUACCUGUUUCGGCUGAUUGCUGAUCUUGAAAAGAAGGUAGACCAGCGAAAAAUGGGGCUACUUUUACACGAUUGCAUACAAGUGCCUCGUCAACUGGGUGAAGUAGCUGCUUUUGGCGGAUCAAAUAUUGAGCCCUCCGUCCGAUCGUGUUUCGAGCUUGCUGGAGGCGUUAGUCAGAAUGGUGAACUUUUGGAAACUGCUAUCGAGGCACAACAUUUUUUAAGCUGGCUACAACAUGAGCCGCAAAGCGUAGUAUGGCUUCCUGUAUUGCACCGACUGGUGGCAGCGGAAACAGCAAAACAUCAAGCGAAAUGUAACAUUUGCAAAGAAUAUCCGAUAGAAGGCUUUCGGUAUCGUUGUUUGAAAUGUUUUAAUUUUGAUAUGUGUCAAAAAUGUUUCUUUACUGGGCGCAGUACGAAAAACCAUAAACUGAGCCACCCCAUGCACGAAUAUUGCACAACGGCUACAUCAACGGAGGAUGUAAGAGAUUUUACCAGAGCACUGAGAAACAAGUUUAAAAGUAGAAAAUAUUUCAAAAAACAUCCUCGUGUUGGUUAUUUACCCGUACAAAGCGUUCUCGAAGGAGAUGCUCUGGAAAGCCCAAUUCCAAGUCCGCAGCAUGGAACGCACACACUACAAAACGAUAUGCAUUCUCGCUUAGAAAUGUACGCAUCUCGUUUAGCACAAGUUGAGUGUGGAACUCGGUCCAACUCUACCCCCGACAGUGAUGAUGAGCACCAAUUGAUCGCACAGUACUGCCAAGCAUUGCCAACAGCAAAUUCUACUAGCAAUAGUAAUGGUGGAGGUGCUCCAAAAUCUCCAGUACAAGUAAUGGCAGCGAUGGAAGCUGAACAGCGAGAGGAAUUGGAAACAAUGAUUAAAGAGCUUGAAGAAGAGAAUGCAAAUUUGCAAGUUGAAUACGAAAAAUUGAAAGCAAAAAAAUCUUGUACACCAAUAACGACCCCUGAUGAAGGAUAUAAAACACCCACUUCAUCGUCCAAUGCCAUUAUUUCCUCUGUGACAACUGCUUCAACGGGCGGCUCGGAUAUGGUAACCGAAGCCAAGCUGUUGCGGCAACACAAAGGACGCUUGGAAGCAAGAAUGCAGAUUUUGGAAGAUCACAAUAAACAAUUGGAGGCGCAAUUACAACGUCUGCGUCAGUUAUUGCACGAGCCAACGCCAGGAAAGCCUCAAACGCUACAGACACGAUCAGUAACAGCUUCCCAAUUAAAUACUGAUUCUCCAGCGAAAAUGCAACACAAUGGACAUUUUGAUCAAAAAAUAUCUUCAGAAUCGAGUAAAAAACCUACCUCGUUAUACGGUCCCGUCGGUGUGGGUGGCGUAAACGGGCAUAUUUCAAUGGGAGCUGAUGAUAUUAGACAACGUGAGCAGUAUAGUAAUGAUGCAUACGACAAAACGGGGGCUGGGGUAAAUGCUGUGACCGCUGCGUUUGCAUUGAACAAACCCGUGGUAUCUGGAAAUAACAUUGGUAUGAGUAGCAACACUUCUGGUAUUAUGUCCUCAUCAGAAUACGACGAGCGUCCUCCUCCGCCACCCCAUUCGAGCCUGUUACACAUGGCAGACGACCUCAAUAAAGCGGUUGAAGAAUUGGUGAACAUCAUGACGACGGAAACGAAAGGAGAACUGGGAAAUGAUAGCACAAGUACUGAACUACAAUGA